UCCCGGAAAAAAUGCUCUAAGCAGAAGUGAAGGCCGGGGCCUAUAUGUUGAGCAGUCGUAGUGAGCUGUGAUAGAGAGAAAAGUCGUCAAAGUCGAAAUUGUGGAAAGUGAGAGUAUACGAAGAAAAGGGAACGCAUGUUUGACCUUUGCCUUUAACGCUCCCACAGGUGAAGUCCCCUCUUCCUCCGGCCCCCUCACUGCCUGGCCUAGACUCGCCUGACCCAGCUUAGCCCACCCUCACCUGGCCCUGUCUCGGCUCCAGUCCCUGAUCAGCUUCAGAGCCCCAGUCCUCCGCCCAAGGCAGCCUCAUCCUCCACCAAGAGCCUCUUACCCCGGUGAAGCUCUCUGCUCGGCAGCAUGGCAGGUCGAGGAGGACCAGCACGGACCAACGGCGCGGCGGCCAGCAACAAGAUCUGCCAGUUCAAGCUGGUGCUGCUGGGAGAGUCAGCGGUGGGCAAGUCCAGCUUGGUGCUGCGCUUCGUCAAGGGCCAGUUCCACGAGUACCAGGAGAGCACCAUCGGAGCUGCCUUCCUCACACAGACUGUCUGCUUGGAUGACACAACAGUUAAGUUUGAGAUCUGGGACACUGCAGGGCAGGAACGGUAUCACAGCCUGGCCCCUAUGUACUACAGAGGAGCGCAAGCUGCCAUCGUGGUCUAUGACAUCACCAACACAGAUACAUUCACACGUGCAAAGAACUGGGUGAAGGAGCUCCAACGACAAGCUAGCCCUAAUAUCGUUAUUGCACUGGCAGGGAACAAAGCUGACCUGGCCAACAAAAGAGCUGUGGACUUCCAGGAAGCACAAGCGUACGCAGAUGACAACAGUUUGCUCUUCAUGGAGACUUCAGCCAAGACGGCCAUGAACGUCAAUGAGAUCUUUAUGGCCAUAGCCAAGAAGCUUCCUAAGAACGAGCCAGCGGGUGGAGCCGGUGGCCGGGCCGGUGGUCGGGCAGGAGUGGACCUGCAGGAAGCCGCCCCACAGGCUGGUGGAAGCAAGUGCUGUGGUGGGAACUAACCAACUGGACCGACACACCAACCAACCUGCAGUAUCAACCAACUGAUUAGACCAGCUGACAAACACAUCCCACGGUCAAACCAACUGACCACCAUGCACCGAUCAACUGAUAAGCAAACCAGCUCACAGGCCAAUCAGCUGUCAACACACAACUCCAAGGUUCCAAUGAUCAGACAAAUGACACAAUUAUGACCAACAUGACGACCUACAACUGUUUUAACUUGCCCGAGGACAUAACAACCCAUUAUCUCCAACCAACCAAACGAUGGACAUCUGACAUCACCCAGGCAAAAAACAUCAACCCACUUAGGGAGGGGGGAAAAAGAUCCAUCCUUACCAAUCGCACUUAACAGAGCACUGUUCUUUUUUUGUUUCACUGUAUUUCUGUAAGAAGAUCACACGCAACUGGGAGGAAUAAUGAACAGGCUCUUUGGCCCUCUCCUUUCUCGCUCUCAUCAUCUUUCUUUACCAUAAUGCUACAGUAUUUCAACGUAUGUCUUCUGUCACUUCUAACCCUAUUUUAUUUUGGGGGUGGGUGAAUGUAGCAAUUCUCAUGAUUUCAUUUUUCCUUGUUCCCGAUCGUCACCCUUGGGCAAGAGAAGGAAGAGGUGUUCAACCCCAAAAAAGGAGUUAGGAUAACAGUUGUUUCCUUCCAGAUAUAGCAGUUGUAUAGAUGAACUGAACUAUUACAUUGUUAUUAUUAUUGUUGACUUAUUUUUGGCACACGUUAAACAGUAUGAUUUCAAAGACUAGACCGCCUAAGGUUUUUCAAUCAUUAAUCUAUGAUAUCCAACCAUAUGCAUAGUGCAUUAACAUCAGUCACCAAUAAGUCAUUUUUUAGCAUUAAUGUAAUGUUUUUGAAUCAUUCAUAUACAAUGACGAAAAGGAUAAAGCAAGAUUUGUUUACCUGACCAAAAUCACAAUUGUGUAUUGAAAAGAUGUUGCUAUUAUUUGUAUAAUUAUUUUCUUCAAACAUGUAACCAAUCAGUAGUUACUGUCAAUACAAUACCUUCCCAAUCUCAACAUGGUGCUUUGUCAUCCUCCAAUUAUUUUUUGUCAUGUAAAGAUGUAUUUUUUAUUUUGUGUACAACUCUUUUGUUUUCUGAAGAGUCUCUGGUAUUGGAUGCACUGCUUCUUUCACCUCUUGUUAUUUCAGACGUUCUCUUCAGUUUCUUUCACUUUUGAUUUUCUUUCUUUUUUUGUUACUUUUUCCUAUCGGGGCGGGAUUCCUCUGACCAGUCCGCGUCUGUUAUGACAUCAACGACUAGCACAACAGUACCUGCAGCUGUCACUGCUGUGAGAUGGGGGGCCAGGGGGAAAACAAAGCAAAACAACAUUGUCAUUUUACCAAUAAAUAAGGGGGAAGGUAUCUCAUGGUCUGCCUGUCUUCUCAUUUGUUGUAUGACAAUGGGUAUUUGAGUAGAUUUUUUUUUUUCCACUGUUAGAUUUCACCUAACAGCUAUUCUUAUCUCCACCAACAUGUUGAGCGUAUAGUAGUUUCCAGUCAUUCCAACCGUUCCCUAAUUCUCGAUCUUGCUUAAGAUCUGCUCAAUAGAUCAAGAUCUGCUCAAUAGAUCAAGAUCUGCUCAAAAGAAGCCAGCUGAGCUCAGUGAGUCUAACACUGGUCUGACUGAAUUCCUCACAUUCCUGCUUCCCCCCUCCCAUCCCAGUGGAUUUAUUUGGCCAAAACCCCUUUGCUCUCUCUGACUUAACAGUAAUAGUUGAGGCAGAUUCUAUUUUCCCAUACUAAUUGUAAACAGCUGUUGAAACCUUUAAUUUCAAAUAGCAAAGGGAUAAGUACACAUUAAGUUAUUUCUUUUAUUUAUCCUACAUGUUACAUAAGAACCUCUCACAACAGUCCUCUACUGACCUCUACUGGAUCGUUCAAGUUGGAUUUAUACUCAAUGUUGCUCAAUAAAUAGUGUACUUAAUUCAA